GUGGUAACAGACAUUAGUUUGAAAUUAUUUCAUUUGGCAAACAGAUAUUUGCUGAAAAUCAUAGAAAAAUGGCUAAAAUAUUUGUACUUUUCGCUAUUUUCAUCGCCGUGGCCGUUACCGUCCAAUCAAAGUCAUUAAGGAAAGCAGAGGAACCGUGUCAUGACUGCGAUGAAGUACACACACGAGCGAAGAGAGGCAACGGUAACGCACCGAACGUUAUAAAUGCUGUAUCAGGCCUCAUGUUUAACAUUCUGGACACAAAUUGGAAGUACAUUGCACAGAUUAAUGCCCAAAAUGCUGCUGCACAAAGCGCUGCUCAGAUGCCGAUGGGUGGACCGGGAAACGGUGGCCAAGGAUCCCAAGGAAAUCAAGGAUACCAGGGACCGCAAGGAAAUCAAGGAUACCCAGGAAAUCAGGGACCUCAAGGAAAUCAAGGAUACCCAGGAAACGGUGGAUAUCAAGGAAAUCGUAGAAACCAAAGGAAUUUCGACUAUUACUCGUAGGUACUACGUAGGUCACUAAUAAAUGGCAAUGGUUAUGCGUAAUGGUAUAAUAUUGCUUAUCCAGAUAUAACUGCUAAACAAGUUUGCAUAAAUAUAUAGAAAUAUUAAAUCUAAACGACCUUAACAACUAGAAAAGAAGUUGAUAAAGCGAAACCUUUUUAUUCAUCACCCUACAUUUUUUCCAUCUAUCACGUGUUGCAUUAUGCUGCCCACUCACCAUCCAACAAAUUAACGUGCCUGCAGCGCUAACUACAGGACGUCCGAUAAAACUGAUUGUGUGUUGGUCGCGAUCUGCAUUGCAUGAUAUCAUGCACAUCGCGACCAACACACGUCCUCCUUGAGCUUGGAUUGGAAACUUAAGUUGGAUACAGAUAAAGUAAUUAUUAAUUAAUUACAUUUCUGUCCAAGUAUCAAUAAUAACUAUGAGCUUAAUCAAAUCUUAACUCAAAUAUUAAUCUAUGUGCGAUCGAUGUGGAUGUUCUGAGGUUCUCUGUCUACGCUCCUUGACUUCAGUGACUAGUGUAGUAGAGGCAGCUUGAGUGGUCAGCGCCGACAUAUAAAAUAUAAAUAUAUAAAUUAUUAUUUUUGUAUUUUUUAAUUCUAUGGUUUGAACCGAAAUAAAAAUUUAUUUAUUGAUUAUUAAGUAAUACGAGUAGGUAUGUAUAAUUCUUCAAGCUCUGCUCCCGGAGAAUUGGAAUUAUUACAAAUUAGUAUUUAUAUAUUAGUGUUAUCUGUUUUUAUAUUUUAAUAUGUUAAUAUUAAAAAAACAAGCUGUAAUAAAGCAGAGAAAAAUAAUCAUUGCAUAAUAUUAUGAUUUACUUGAAGGUAACUUUGAAUGCAACAUUUUAAAGUUCUUUAUCAAUCAAUGUAUUUAAUCGAGGUUUAUUAUUAUU